UUGUCAUUCACAUUGAAUUGUCAAUCUAAAAAUAAUAAAAUCCUUCCGACACCGCAUUUUAUUACAUUUCAAGAACAUUUAACUUUUAAGAACAGGAUGUCGGACGUAAAGAUCGUCGCGGCGUCGAUCGUCAGCUUCUUAAAGCAACAACUCGAAGGUUCGGAACUGAGCGCUGACAGCCGCGAGAGCGUCGAAGUCGCCGUGCAAUGCAUAGAGACUUCGUUCGAGCUUGGGGCAACCGAUACGGCGCGUGCUGUCGACCUGCUGGCACUCGUACGUAACACGAACAGCGCGGGUGGGACCGCACCUGGACCUGUCAGUGCAGCUACCAGCGCUGUCGCUGAGCAGCUUAAGAACGAGGGUAACGAGCUGAUGAAGGCGGAGAAGCACCGCGAGGCGCUGGAACGCUACUCGCGCGCCGUGGAGCUAGACCCCCGAAAUGCUGUGUAUUUCUGCAAUCGCGCUGCCGCUCACUUCAAGCUGGGUGAGCACGAGGCGGCAGUUGCCGACUGCACCGCGGCACUCGCACUGCAACCUGACUACAGCAAAGCGCACGGCCGUCUCGGACUUGCGUUGACCGCACUCGAGCGACAUCGUGAGGCGCGCCAGGCAUACGCGCGCGCUGCUCAACUUGAGCCAGACAACGAGUCGUACCGCCAAAACUUGCGUCUCGCUGACGAACGGCUCGCUGCGCGUGGCGAGCGUGGGCCCGUGGACCUAGGAGGGCUACUACAAAACCCCGCUUUGCUCAAUAUGGCUACAGAGAUGUUAGCGGAUCCCAACAUGCAGAAUCUUAUCUCUGGACUUAUGAGUGGCACACAAGCGCAAGGAGGAGGAACAGGUGCAGGCGCAGCGGGUGCUGGUGGCAUGAGCGCGUUGUUGGAGGCAGGGCAGGCACUGGCUCAGCACAUGCAGGCAGCCAACCCCGAGCUGGUGGAGCAGCUGAGGCGCCAGGUGCGCCCUCCUGGGCCCACGCCACCACAGUGAGCAACAUUACAAGCCUACACUUUGGGACUCUGAGCCAACUGUGUUUUGUCUCUCAUGGACGGAAUGUUGCUAGCUAUGUAAUCAUUUUACUCUCCAUUCCAAUUAAAUCUACAUAAAAGGAAAUUCUCUUGGCAGCACUGCUUUUUUUAAAUUGAAAUGAUAAAUUAUAAAAUUAUAUUUCAGUGUA